UCAAAGAUAGAAUUAAAAUUAAAUAUGAGUGAUACCAAAUCUGGAAUGCCCAAGACCUGGUUUGAGAUGGAAAGCAGGAUCAGAGAUAUUCUAACCCAUCUGAUAACUCCAAUAAGCAGCCAGCUUGGAGAAGUAUUUGAGAAAUGUAGAGAUCUUGUUGAGGCUCAUUCUAAAUUUGAGCGUAAGUUUGAAACUUAUGAUGAAUUGAUGAAAAAGGCUUCAAAAUAAAUGCGAUGAGAUUACCCCGAUAAGAGCAUCUAUGGUGGAACUAGAAACAAGACUGGGUCAGAAGCAAUUCUCUUUGACAACAAAGACAGAUCAUUUGGUCAACGAAGUCUCUAGGAUCGAAGAAAGAGCAAGGCUUAUCCAUGAUGACAUGAGAGCGUUGGCUGAUCUAAACGACGCUCUUCGAGGAGAUGUCAGACAAUGACGGAAGAUGAGUGGGGCAUACCAUGAUUCUUGAAUUAGCAAAAUUAACCAAGUUAGUACAAAAUCCAAUGAUGAUUACAUUGAUAUUAUUGAAAGGUUUAAUGCCUUAAAGGCAAAUGAAGCGCACUAUAAAAAUGUAACAGCAUAUCAGAGAGAGAAAGUAAAUGAGAUUUCAGCAGAACUAGAAGUUUUCAAGAGAAGUUUCGAUAAUCUUGGCAUUACAGUACAAGGUCUCAAUGAUACUUCUACUCCAAAGGAGGAGUAUCUUUCUGAAAUAAAGAAUCUUCAGAAAGAACUUCGAAUUAACAGAGAAAGAACAAUGGUACUUGAGAAAGGAGUAGAAUCAAUUUCACCAUUAAAAGAAUUCGUGCAUGGCCAGGUCCCUGGGAAGGUCAACUACAUGAUCGCAGAAGCUAUGGAUUAUGUCCUUGUAAAAAGAGGUGAUAGACAAAGGAUUAGGAAAUAUAUCCAAUAUAAAGGAAAAGCUUGGCCUAAUUUUGAAAAGAUGCAACUUAAAAAAAUCGAGACCGAGAAACCUCUUGUAACAUCGGAUAGUGAAGUAGAAGAUCCCAAAAAGGGAAGAGAUCACUCUAUAAAUUCUAUAAGAAAAUUAGGAUUAAAGAAUAUUGAAAAGAAGAAAGAUCUACUGGCCAUAAAAAAGACUAAAUACAUUGAGAAAGAAGAACUCAAGCCCAAACAAAAGCCGAAGGAGAAAGAGACUGAAAUUUUAGUACAAGUGGAAGAAGGAAAGGUAGAUUUGAAGAAUGAUGAUGUCUCAUCAAGCUCAAACUUCUCUCCCUCUUCAGGCUCACCUACACCUCGAAUCCUGCACUCAAGCCGCAAAAUCAAGCUAUCUCGUGCAGAGACAAUCACUAGUCCCAAAUAAAGCCCCUCAGGAGCCUAUCCAAAUUCCUGAUUUCCCACUAACUCUGACACAAAUCCAUGAAGAUGAGCCUGAGAGUCAGAAGGAGGAUAGUAAGAAGAGUGCUGAUCAGAAUGAGGGUUUUAGUGAAUUCUGAGAGGAAAAGAUUGAUACAAAAAUGAAUGAAAUGAAGGAAGAGUUGGUGGAAGAAUUGUUGGAGGAUAUUGAAAGGGUGAUGAAGCAGGAAAGAAAGACUCUUGAUGGAAGAUUGAACAAAAUCCAGAAUAAAGUUGAUAUAUCUAUCGAAGAGAUCCAGGAAAAGGCUGGCUCAAUAGAUGGGAUAUACAACAUUAUUAAUGAAGAAACAAAGCGAAGGAAGCGAGAUAAAAGUGAUAUGUCCUUACAAGUGAAUAAAAACAGAGAUGAUUUAGACAAAAUUCUUUCGAAACAAGCUGGAUAUGAUAUUUCAAUCAAGAACCUUGGAGAAAUCACUGCAACUGUGCUUGAACUACUCCACAUCGGUAAUGUAUUAGACUGCCAAGAUGAAGAGGACAGACAAGCAAUAUCUCUAUGGGGAUUUUAAUGAAAGAGAGCAAGGUAAAAAGGAAUUUGAUAAGACCAUAAAUCAUGUCAGGAAGACAAAUAGCAGGGAGCGUCUCAAACUCUCUUCUGUUAUAAAUACGAAGAAGGACUAUAACGUAGUCACUGUUGAUAAGGAUUGAUACUCAUGCUCAAAUUCAAAUCAAGUGGUACUAAAGGCUUUCAAGAUGGCUUGUCUUUCGUACUAUCCUUCCUCAAUAACCUUUGAGAACAAAGUCGUUUCAAGAAGAUGGCUUCAUUUGAAGAGGUCUGAGAUUAUCAAAAACAUAUACUCAGACUAUACUAAUCUACAACCAUGGAAAUUAGGAAAUUUGGAAUAUGAAAAGUACUUAACAGUUCCUCUAACUGAUGCUGAAUACGCGAUUGAUAUGAACCCAUUUAUGCAAGAGACAAACAUGAAUAAAACUCUUGAGAUAUCUUCACAUUUUGAGUCAUUAUCCCGUCCAAGACUUGCAACAACGAAGAAAGUUGACAGAACAAUAGAGGUGAAUCUUAACAAGGAGGAAUGAAAUAAGGACCUUGAAAGUAUUAAAUUUGAAGAUAACAAGAAACUCAAGAAAAUCUUUACAUCUACACAUUUAGGAAUUACACAGCUUGCUAAGAAAUCUUAUAAAGGGUUCAACAAUCUUAAAAUGCAAGGAACAAGAUUGAAAACCCCAAAUGAGACCAGGAAGAGGAGGUCAAUCUAUACUGGUCAUAGACUUAUCCGUGAGAAGAGAAGGAAUCUUUCUAGGUUCAACAACAAAUCACCACAUAUUUCUAAUAUUGGGUCAAUUCAUCACAUUAAAGUCUCAAGGAAUAGUUCUGAGAACUUUGACCAUAAUUCUGAAUAUGGAGAAGAUUUUAGACAUGUUGAAAAUUUGAAUUAA